AUGUCUAGUCAGCGUCUUGUCCUAGGCCUCCCUCGUGUCUUGCCGUCGCUGCCACCUUCGCCUGCGCCGCCGUGUCGUCCCUGCGUCGAGGGUAGGCUGCGCGCCACCCCUCACUCCUCCUCCCUUCGUCCGGCCACCGAGCCUUUUGAGACGCUUCACUUGGACGUCUGGGGCCCAGCCCCUCGUCUAGGCCCUGAGCGUGAGCGUUACUUUCUGGUGGUCGUUGACGACUUCUCCCGCUACACCACAGUGUUCCCUCUGGCGAAGAAGUCUGAGGUGACUUCUACGUUGAUCAGGUGGUUGCUCACCACCGAGGACACUCGUGGUCGUCGUGUCAGCUGUCUCCACUCCGACCGUGGGGGUGAGUUUCGCUCCGGCAUUCUCGCUGGAUUCUGUCGCGAGCAGGGCAUUCGUCAGUCCUGGACGCUUCCAGAGUCCCCACAGCAGAAUGGGGUUGCUGAGCGCCGCAUAGGCCUGGUCAUGGAGAUCGCCCGCACCUCCCUGACUCACGCCUGUGCCCCCCAUUUUCUGUGGCCCUACGCGGUCAGGUACGCCGCGCACCAGCUGAACCUCUGGCCACGUGUCUCUCGACCAGAGGUUUCACCGACCAGUCUUUGGACAGGGUCCCCUGGUGUUGCGUCGCGGUUUCGUGUCUGGGGGUGCUUGGCUCUUGUCCGCGACACCUCCGCGGACAAGCUCUCGCCUCGUGCCGUCCCCUGUGUCUUCCUUGGUUUCCCUGAGGACUCCUCUGACUUCACCUUUUACCACCCUCCCUCUCACCGGUUCUUUGACUCCCGUGACGUUCGUUUCGAGGAGUCCACUCCGUACUACGUCAGGUGUGUCCCAGGCUACCCCUCCUCCUUCGGUAGCCCCUCCGGUACAGCCUCCCUCCCCACAGUCCUCCUCGCAGCGUGCCGCUGGUGCUAG